AUGAUUGAAUCUCCCUCAUUAAAGUUAUCCGACCUUUGCUCUGUAAGCUAUGACACAGACCUUAAAGCAGAAUCGUCAGAAAUCAUAUCAGAAGCAGUGGCAGCACCACCUAGUCUCCAUCGCGCAGCCGGCGACACUACAGGAGCCGCUGAUCAAACCGAUCACUCCAUUGAAGUUAUUGGUGACUCGCAAACAUUCUUUCCAUCAUUCGCUAAUCUGUUUGAACCACGACAGUCUAAUAAUUUCCGAAUAGACUUCGAUAGUCAAGAAAGAGCCUACAGUCAACGGCCUAGCUCAUACAGAUCGUUAUUAAAUUAUCCUCUUUUCGGCGGCUACAAACCUUACGAAGGCUUUGGAAAACAAAGCGCUCCCGCCUCAGAGCCGUUAGUAGAUGCAAGCUCUAGCGUUUUGGGAUCUGGAAAUUUUGGUAUUAUUAGAGGAGGGACUUUCUUCGCACAAAACGAAGAAGAUGGAGAAUAUGGCGAUAAUUAUGAUUCUUACUAUAACAACGGCCAUGGAAGACCAUCCCUGAACGUCGGUUACAUUGCCAACCCACGCCCCAAUUACAAUCAAGACCAGUUUGCUAAUUUCAGAGAUUUCGCCGACAUAAACGCACCUUCGAAUACGGCCUACUCUCAUUAUGUUGUAGUGUAUGCAAACAAAAACGGCACUCUUGAUGAAAUCAGUGAAGAAACGAGAAACGUAGCAAGCAAACCUAAAAACAUAAUUGAAACAUUAGAACAGCUCGACGAAUUGAGCUCGCCAAAGAAACAAUCGAAAGCUAAAGUGAAAUUGGAAAUGACAAAACAAAAGUCUCUACAUAAAAAAGAACAGUGGAAAAAGAGCAAUUCCAAAUACCUUAAUUUAAAACAUGAUCCUGAAGAACCAUUAUUAGCUUUAAGU